AAUUCCCAAAUAUAAUUUACCAAACGGGUGUUCGUCAGUCAAAGGGAGGUAACUCUAAUUUCUAUUCGUCAGCAUGGCGACUUCCAGUGAGGAACGUGUCCAGGAGUUUGCUCCCUUGAAGAAUGAUCUGCUGCUCCGUGCAGCUCGUGGUGAGAGGACAGAACGUGUUCCAGUGUGGGUCAUGAGGCAGGCAGGAAGAUAUCUCCCAGAAUACAAGGAAGCGAAGGGGGACAAGGCCUUCUUCGCUACCUGUCGAGAUGUGGAGCUUGUUAGUCGGUUGACAUUACAGCCAAUUGACAGGUUUGACCUUGAUGCAGCAAUUAUCUUCUCAGACAUCUUGGUUAUCCCCCUUGCCCUUGGACUGAAAUCACUCAACGAUCCAGGACAGGGCCCUGUAUUUGCCGACCCAAUAAAGAAGCCGGAAGACAUUGACCGCCUCAAUCCCAACUUUGACAUCAUCAAGGAACUUGGCUACGUCUAUGAGUGUAUCACCCUAACAAGACACAAGCUCCAAGGAAGAGUGCCAUUGUUUGGAUUCACAGGUGCUCCGUGGACACUGAUGAAAUAUAUGAUAGAAAAUCUCGGAGCAGGACCCAAUCCAAAUGCAGCCCGUCGAUUUCUGAUAGAAUAUCCUGAGGCAGGGAAAAUGUUGAAGAUUCUGACAGACGCCAUUGUCCGCCAUCUUGUGGAACAGGUUCGAGCUGGGGCUCAGAUUCUGCAGGUGUUUGACUCGAGCGGCGGAGAGCUUGGUCCAGGACUUUUCACCAAGUAUGAGCUUCCAUGUCUACAGGACAUCGCCUACAAGGUGAAGCAGGAGGUUAAACAGCAGGGGCUGGAGCUCAUCCCAAUGGUGGUGUUUGCCAAGGAUGCUCACUACGCUACGGAACAGCUUGCUACAAUUGGCUUUGAUGUGGUCCAGAUCGACUGGACACAGAACCCUACACAUGCCAGACGACUGGCUGGGACAAAGGUGACUCUCCAAGGAAACCUUGAUCCAGUGGCGGUAUUCGGAACAGAUGAUGAGAUUCGGCACAAUGUCAAGGAGAUGAUACAGAAGUUUGGCACUCAGCGUUAUAUUGCCAACCUUGGACAUGGAGUAAUGAAGGAAACCAACCCUGACAAACUUAAAGUCUUCAUCGAUGCUGUACACACAUACUCUGAAGAGAUCAAUGCCUUAUCCUGAUAACUGACAUUAUUUAAAGUAUUGUUUUAUUCAAAUCAUAUCUGAGCAUAGUUAAUUUUAAGGGUUGGUGCAGUCUAGAAUGAGAGAGUUAGUGAAUAUUGCUUUAUUUGCUUUCUUUACAGUGCAUGGUUAUUAAAAAAUUCAAAAUGUGAGUUAUCAAAAUAUAACAAAUAGGAACAAUAUAGAUACAUGUCCUUGGAAUAGAAAAUGGGUGAUUACUGGGACAUGUUUACCUACUUGGAACUUUUGUCAUUAAUGAAACAUUUAGAAGAGACACAGAAGCAUGAUGUACAAUAGUUUUUAGGUGUAGAUUCCCGUCUUGGAUGAAAUUUUUUGAUAACAGUUUCAUAAUAUGUGCCUCUGAAUUUGAAAGAAGUAAGGAUUUUAUUUAAUAUGAAUAUUGAGCAGAAUAAUUGGUCUUUCCCAUGUUGCCCACCAAGCAGGGAUUGGGAUAGAGAACUUUGACAAUGGGCCAUUUUCAGGAUUAUUAGCCAUUUUCUGAAUUUAGAAUGGGCCACUUCUGUUGCAUCAAUAGUAAACAUCAAAAUUUUAAUGGGCCAUUUUUUAUUGUAAUGUGCAAAAUGGCCCAUGGCCCCUGCCCAAGGGUGCUUAUUUCAGAGUCAUACAUAAAUCCCAGCAGUCAGAUGCACCAGUGAAGAAAUCUGGCUUGGGUGUGCUUAAUUGAGUAUGAAAAGCAAUUAAAAUAUGAUGUAUUGUUACUUAAAUAUAUGUUGUCAAGUAAGUUAAGUGGAGUAUUCCAGUAAACCUGAUUUUAUACAGGAAGUCUGGUCUCAACACAAUAUUUAAGAACAUAUUUUUAAUCAGAUAUUGGAAAGGAUUUUCAAAAGUUUUUCAUACUUCCACUUUUAAAUUCCUAACGUUCUGAUCCUGACUUGCCAUGAUUUUUCACCAUUACAAUAAAAAAGAAUUGUAUGAUAAUACAUUUUCGUUGAUAGGAUUUUAUAUAUAUCAGUAUAUAUAUUUCUUUUCACAUAGGCAGCCAACUCUUUUAUGGUACAUAUCAUGUGAUCUUAUGACUGAUGAUAUCUUUACUCAAAAUGUCAUCUUCAUACAAGUACUUGUUAGACAAACAGCAUCUAUGUUCUUUUCGUCAUUGCUUGGUGCCACACUGGCUAUACAGACCUCAGAUCUGAUCGCCUGACAUGUAUACAAGUCACGCCAUGGAUUUGAGUUUUACAAACAUAAACAAUACCAACACAUGUUCAUCUGAAUUCUUUUAAGAAAUAUCUAGAUUGUGUUCAGAUGAGGCAGCAGGUAGACUUCUACUAAUCCAUUUUCCAAACUAUGUAUCCUAUCACAAACCUGUAUCUUCACAUGCUUCAUGUUUACACUGCCAGUGUUAGGAUACUGUAAAUAUAUACCAAGGAAGAUAUUUAUGCCACUGUCAGAAGAUUAAUGUAUUAAAAGUGAAGUAACGGUCACUUAAAGGUUGCAUUAGUCAAAUACCAGAUCAAGACACAGAUCAGCUUGACCCAGGAUGUCAUGGAAACAGAGGAAUCUUUCAGGAAAAUACUGUAUGUCAUGGAGAAUGUCAACUCACAGAUAAAAACAUUCCCAUCUCCAAACGACUUGGUAAGGAUAAGCCAUGGAUGGAAAGGUUAGGAUUAUGUAUUGUUUGGUAGAUUUAUUGUAUAAGGUCUAUUUUGGAUGUAUUCAGAUUUUGUUACAGGAAGACUUCAUUGAAAUAAAGUUUAUAUAUUAUA